AUGAACCAACAAUCAACAAACACAUCGUGCGCAUUAAAGACGCAGUCACCUGAUGUCGAGACCAACCAUGAUGUGCUUAUAGAAGCCGAAUAUGCUUUGCAAGAAAUGGUUUCCUCUUAUCGAGAGUCAGAUGACCCAAUUAAAAUUCCAGAGAUAAUUUCUCUGGCAAGACAGACGCUUGCAAUCACUGUUGAAGGCACUGAAAAGCACCCAGUAUGGCUGCAUGCUCUUGCAUGGUCUCUCUAUCAAAGAUACAAGCACAUUGAACCUGACCAGAAAUAUGUUCAAGAGGCAUCAUCUCUCGAACGCCAAGCUAUAGAUGCAUCACCCGUCGGCUCCGCAGAUUUUGAUAAGUACUCGUACUGGCUAGGACUACAAUUGGGCGAUCUCUUUUUCCACACUGAAGAUAUGUCUGACCUGAAUGAAUCAAUUGUCUUGACAGAGUCUUCAUUGCAUAAGAUGCGAGAUGGAACCCCCAGCAAGGUUAUACAACAGUUUAAUCUUGGGGUACUACUGAAAGAGAAGUAUGAUCGAAUAGGGAGUGAACAAGACUUCAUCAAUGCUUCAAUGCAUAUAGAGCAAGCACUUGCCCUUGCCUCGGAUCAACACCAUGACCGUGCAAUGUGGUAUGAGACAUUCGCCGAGCUGUACGAUCUAAGGCACUUAAAUCUUCGACUGUUGGAUGAUCUAGAGAAGGUCGUACAACUGCGACGAGAGUCCUUGUCCGUAAUCACGAAUAGCAAUGAGUCAGCCAAAUCAUCUGCUAUCAAACGAGAUCAGGAGGCAGCAAAGCCGGCUCAUCAGUUCAGUCUGGCGUUGUCUCUUGAUGAGCUUUAUGUUGAAAGAGGAAUUCUGGCGGAUCUACAGGAAUCGAUUUCGAUGGUCAGAGAAGCAAUAGCUCCUACUUCGGAGGAUGACCCUGACUGGCUGAUUCGCAUACGAUUUCUUUACCUCCGGCUACACUCGCUAUAUCUUGAAACGGGCAUGCUCAAGGACCUUGAGGAGUGCAUCAGUCUCAAUAGAAAGUUUAUUGAGAAGGGCGGAGAAUCUCAUCCUGACUGGCCUACACAACUCAACAAUAUUUCCGUCAACCUCAUGGCUCUCUACGAAAGAACUGGGGACCCCACUGAAGUUGACGAGUCUGUCCGGUAUGGCCUAGAAAGCCUGAGAGUGAUGUCAGAGGAUGAACCGGGUCUCCAAUUAGUACUGAAUAACCUGGCAACAGCACUCUCUGUUCGGUCUCGUAUAACUGGCUCGCUGGUGGAUCUCGAUGAUGCUAUAUUUUACGCUAGAUCUGCCCUAAACGCAACAACGGAGGAAGACCCUGAUCGGCACGUUCAACUCCAUAACCUGGCUUCAGCGUUACUAAAGAAGUACAAUCGGAGCUACGGGGAUAUCAGUCUUCUGGAUGAAGCAAUCAAAAUGUCAAAAAAAGCACUCGGUUGUGUUUCAGAUGAUCAUCCGGACAUAGAGACAUAUCAGAAUCGGCUUGCUUCAGCUCUCAGUUGCCGAUAUGAUGCACUGAAGUCGGCGCAGGAUCUCGAAGACAGCAUACGGCUUAGCAGAAAGGUCGCUUACGCAAUGACUAACAAAUAUACUGGACGAUCAACUGCUAGGAGCACUUUCGCCAUUCUACUACAGAAGCAGGUGAAGAGCGGUGGAGGCUCCCUAGAUGAUGUGAACGAAGCCAUCGAAAUCUCAAAAAAGGCUCUGGACCUCACACCUGACGACUCUCCAUCCAGAACAGAGCACUGGACUACACUAGGUGGUUUACAUGUCAGCAAGUUUACGUUAUCGAAACUGCAUAGUGAUAUGGAGAAAGCAGUCGGGUACUAUCAAGCAGCAGUCACACAUCCUACAGGUGAUCCCUUGCGUCGCGUCAUUGCUGCAACAGCUAUAGUGGAGCUAUGUCCUGAGUAUGAGCAGUCAUAUGAAACAGGACUUGCAGCCCUAGAUAUGGUCCCUAUGCUUGCUUCAGUGCGCUCGCUUGAAACAGCUGAUAGGCAGUACUUGUUGGGCCAUGCCGCAGGUCUCGCAGCCAAUACAGCAGGAGCAGCUCUCAGGAUCAAAAAGAAGCCUUCGGAAGCUCUUUCUAUACUGGAACAGGGGCGUGGACUACUCGCUGCAUCGUUGGAUGAGAUACGCACGGAUAUCCAGGACCUCCAGAAAGGAUUCCCUGAGUUGGCAGAUGAGUUCGUGAGGCUUCGAAGCGAGCUUGAUUCUUCCAACAGCUCACUGUCAGAUGAGAAGGACUUGCUGAAUGGACGCCGUCGUCGUGAUGCGGGCAAGGCUUUCGAUGACCUACUUACCAAUAUUCGCCUGAAACCAGGAUUUGAAGAUUUUCUAGGGCCCUUGACAACUGAUCAGAUCUUUUCCGCUGCAAUUCACGGUCCUGUGGUGGUGAUUAACAGCAGUUGGAUGGGCAUCGAAGCUAUUAUCAUACAAGAAGAGAGACUAACAUCACUAGUUUUUACGAAUUUGAAUGAUUAUACUGCGAUUUUUGACGUAGCCGAACAUGAUUAUGGGAGUCCUGAGACACUCGAGUUACUUUGGAACUCAUUUAUGGAUGCAAUAUUGAAGGCGUUGGGCUUUACAGAAACACCGUCAGAGGGACAGGAAUGGCCUCAUGUCUGGUGGAUUCCCACUGGACACUUGAGUAGAUUCCCCAUACAUGCUGCUGGACUUCAUCUACAGAGAUCUGAGGAGACGGUGAUGGAUCGGGUGAUAUCGUCCUACAGCCCAUCUGUCAAGGCCUUGGUACAUGGCCGUCGUCGUCAUAAAGCACCCACAGGUCCAGCGAAGGCUCUUCUCGUCGCCAUGGAGAAGACACAAAAUCAGGCUCCCCUGCCAAAGGCCAUGGAAGAAGUUGAGCUGGUCAGCAAGAUUUGCAAUAGUAUGGGAGGAGUGAAAUGUGUGAUCGCUGGUUCGGACAAGCAAAAUGCAUUGGAUCACUUGCGAAGUAGCAAGAUCUUCCAUUUUGCAGGGCACGGCUACACGGAUAGCACCAAUCCGUCAAAGAGUCAUCUGUGCUUCGGCGAUGUGAACGAUCCCCUGACGGUAGCAAACCUGUUGGAGUUGGACCUUCAUGAAGAGUCGCCGUUUCUCGCAUAUCUUUCGGCGUGCAGCACAGGGCGUGUUCAGGAUGAGCAAUUUAUCGACGAAAGUAUCCAUCUCAUCAGUGCCUGUCAAUUGGCGGGGUUUAGACACAUCGUCGGAACAUUGUGGAGGGUACAGGACGAGCAUUGUGUUGAUGUUGCGCGUAUCACAUAUGAAACCAUCAAAGAAGAAGGGAUGACCGAUAAUGCGGUAUGCCGAGGGCUACACAGGGCCAUGAGAGUGAUGAGGGAUGCUUGGCUGGAGAGUAUGGACGAGGAUGGCGGUUCAGUGUCUAGAAGUGUUCGGGGAGGUGAGAGAGAAGCUAGGGAUAUUAUUUCUUGCGAAGACGAUAGUACGGCUCCCGCUUACUGGGUGCCAUAUGUCCAUUUCGGUGUAUAA